ACAACAAGAUGGCGGAUGACUGGAAGGUCUCUGAAAGCCUGGGUUUUAGGCCCGGCAGCUUCAUAGUUCCAGUCAUCUUUUCGCUGAUAUUCCUUCUUGGGACUGUGGGGAAUGGCCUGGUCCUGGCGGUGUUACUGAGGAAUGGACAGACAAGCUACAGCACGACCAACCUCUUUAUCUUAAACCUCAGCAUAGCCGACCUCUUCUUCAUCGUGUUCUGUGUCCCCUUCCAAGCCACUAUCUACAUGCUGGAUGGGUGGCUGUUUGGCUCCUUCAUGUGCAAAAUGGUCCACUUUUUCAUCUACCUCACCAUGUAUGCCAGCAGCUUCACGCUGGCUGCUGUAUCUGUUGACAGAUACCUUGCCAUCAGGUACCCCUUGAAAUCGAGGGAUCUUCGCACAGCGCGCAAUGCCUUAAUUGCCAUUGGAAUAAUCUGGGCGUUGUCAAUGGUUUUAGCUGGGCCUUACUUGAAUUAUUACCAGAUUGUCCUCUACAAUGGGGUGCCUGUCUGCGUGCCAAUCUGGGCGGACAAGAGGAGAAAGGUCAUGGAUGUUUCCUCGUUUGUUUUCGGGUAUGUUAUCCCAGUUACGAUCCUGAGCUUUGCCUACACCCGGACAAUCAAGUACCUGUGGACAUCGGUGGAUCCCAUUGAGACGGUGUCGGAAGCCAAGAAGGCCAAGCGGAAGGUGACCAAGAUGAUUAUCAUAGUCGCCGUGUUGUUCUGCCUGUGUUGGCUGCCCCACCAUGUGGUGAUCAUGUGCUUCUGGUUCGGCCACUUCCCCUUCAACAAGGCCACCUACGCCUUCAGGCUCAUCGCGCACUGCAUGUCCUACGCCAACUCCUGCCUCAACCCCAUCGUCUACGCGUUGAUAUCCAAACAUUUCCGGAAACGGUUCAAGCAAGUCUUCACCUGCCUGCUGAAGAAGAAGGCCCUCAACAAAGUGCACGUCCUGCAUGUGGCCAACACCGUGACUGGGCUCCAGCCUGCCUCCACCGACAUCUCCCAGACCAACGAACAAAACUACAUGGUCGGUCGCUCGGCGCUGGUGGAAAGCAACCUGGUGGUGCUUGGAGAGCCCGGAGCAGCUCAGAGGCACGAGGUCUGA